GAGGCUUUUUGGGUAAUCUAACAAUAAUUGAGAAUUAUAUAAUACAAUUGAGAAUUAUAUGAUAUAAUUCGUAGUAGCGGGCGGACGGGAGGGAGCUAAUAAUAGUAGCGGUGAGUGGCGGGCGGACGGGAGGGAGUCGGGCGGUUGCGGGUUGAAAAAUGAAAUUUGAGAAGCCUCUGCCAUAUAAUGUUUCCAAUAUGGCGUCAAAUUACAUAUCAUAUUAUAAUUACGUAUCAUCUCAUGAAUAUUUUUCAAAAUAAAUAUGGAUGAGACUAUAAAUCAAACAAAGAAUGUUUUGUCGUUGACUACCAGACCAUUUCAAGAAGCGAAUGUUUCCGGUAAAGUAAUCUGUUCUAAAUGUUAUGAAAAUACGAAAGAAAUAAAAUUUUAUUUAGAAGAUGCAGGUUUAAUUCAACAUUUUCGGGUGAAACAUCGACAUAUGGCCCUUGACGAAAGACUUGUUAAAGAAUGUAGGUUGCUAUUUCAAGACUUGCAUGGGCAGGAAACUUUCAGUGUAUUGCAAAAACUAGCCAAGAUUCGCGGCGAAGCAAAUGUGAACUGUUGCAGUUUGCAAAAGUACGAGGAGUUUUCGGUGGAACACAUUACUGAAAAUUUGGCUAACAAGAUGACUACUCUUAAAGUUAUGGCAAGCACGAGACGGGAGGCAGCAAAAUUAUAUGGCUUAUAUUUGAAACACAGUGGCAUUCUAAAACAUCUUAGCGGGAAUCCUUGUCAUGUUCGAGUUAAAAUAUCUUCUAGUGUAACUGAUCACCUUGGCCAAUGUUUUAAACUUUGGGAUGCAUGUGCAAAAAUUUAUGCUGAAUGUUUUGUUUCCCCUAAGAGGUCUAUGUUAUUGCCAAGACAUCAAACACCUGUGCCAGACAAGUGCUUGCAAAUGCAAAUUUCUCGAGAAUGUAAGACACCUUUGCAGUUUCUCCAAACAGUUUUUGGACAUCAAGAAUUCAGACCAGGCCAAGGUGAAGCUAUUGAGUUUAUAUUGUCUGGAGAAGAUACAGUUGUAAUUAUUCCAACAGGUGGUGGUAAAACAGUUAUAUAUACUCUUCCUUGUCUAAUGACACCUGGCUUGGCAUUUGUAGUAUCACCUCUUAUUAUGUUAAUGAGUGACCAAGUUGCAAGACUACAACAAUGUGGAAUCAACACAUGCUAUUACAACACAAUGCUAACUGAUAAUGAAAGACAGAAUAUAUUACAUAAUCUGAAACAGCCAGAUUGUCAAUAUCAGUUUUUGUUCAUUAGCCCAGAAGCUAUUGUAACUGAACAAUUGAAACAUUGCUUGAGUCAGAUUAGUCAUGAGAACAGAUUGAGUUUUUUCAUCAUAGAUGAAGCACAUUGUAUUAGCACAUGGGGUAAGGAAUUUCGCCCAGCCUACCAGCAGCUUGGUACCUUACGGAGCUACAAUGUUCCAAUUAUAGCACUUACCGGCACAGCAACAACUGAAACUUUGGAUGCAAUUAAACAAACACUUGAGAUGGAUAACCCAAAGGUAGUGAAGAUGCCAUGUAGAAGAGAAAAUCUAAUCUAUUCAGUUGUUAACAAGGAUAAUAAAGCUAAAGAACAAGUCUGUAAAAUAAUUGAAGAUGAUUUUGCAGAUGUAUGUGGUAUAAUUUAUUGUGCUACCCAAGCAGAUACUGUCGAAAUUGCAUUUACUCUAAAAGAACAUGGUGUGACAGCUACAUACUACCAUGCAGGGAUGGAGGGUGGACAAAGGAUGCAAAAUGCUUUGCUUUGGCUAGAAAACAAGAAGAUUAUAUACAGGAGUCCGGGAGAGGAGGCCGUGAUGGACACAGAUGUGAUUGCAUUUUAUUAUUUCGUUUUGGUGAUAGGAUGUUCCAUUUAA